UCUCUUGCUCUGAUCACCGUAGAAGAAGAAGCACGGUUUCUUCCGCCUCCAUCCGCUGACGCUUCUUCCUUUCUGCCCGCUAACCCCGAAGAGAACACGCGUUCACCCUCCUAGCUCAAGAUGCGUUACGUCGCUGCAUACCUGCUCGCUGCCCUGGGAGGCAAUGAAGCCCCUGAAUCCAAGGACAUCAAGAAGAUCCUGGAAAGUGUUGGCAUUGAGGCCGAUGACGCAUGCAUGACCAAGGUCAUCUCUGAACUCAAGGGAAAGAAUGUGAAUGAGGUGAUCGCAUCAGGUUACGGUAAACUGGCCAGCAUGCCAGCAGGUGGUGCCGUGGCUGUUGCCAGCUCUGCGGCUGCAGGCGCAGGUGGAGCCGCAGCCCCCGCUGCAGCUGCUGCUGAGGAGAAGGAAGAGAAGAAAGAGGAAUCUGAGGCGUCUGAUGACGACAUGGGAUUCGGCCUGUUCGACUAAACUUUUUCUAAACAUGAAUAAAGUUUAUAAAAAAACUCUUCUCUAAAAAUCUUUUUUAUUUUACAAAUCUCCCUCCUGUAAACCACAUGUUGUGUCAAAUAGAUGGUAUCCUGCUGUUUCAAGCUGCCAUCUAUAAAGCUUGUUGUAACAAAAUAGUUUUCGAAUUUGAUUUGACCAAAUAGUGCAUUUUCUCACUUGAUUGAGGUUUCAAAAUGUGUUGACUGAUAAAAAUUGACACCUACGCAAUUUCAUAGGAUUAGUGUCAAUAUGUGCGUUGUAGGAUGUCAGUUUUAAGUCUUCAGGUCCAAUUGUGCCACAGGACAAUGGUUUCUUUCUACCAUAUUACAUCUGGUACUGGACCAUGACUUGUAUAAUUGAGUGGUCUGGCCAACAGAUGGCGAUAUUGAGUGGCCGACUAGUGCAGUGUGUCAAUGUUGGCUGUUGUGUCAAGGAGUGCUGAAUUAUCCAUGGGAAUAGAUUCCUACACCAGACUAAACAACUGAACCUUUUCAAUACUUAGUAUAACAGCCCUACGGCUGCAAGUGAUGUGCACGAUGUUUACCUCUGAGAGGGCAUAUAAAUGAAUAGAUAAAAAGAAUAAAAUAAUUUAUUUCUAUUCUGGAUAUACGCAGUGUUAGCUUGAAUGUAAUCUUUUCCUUAAUGAAUACUUCAGGGUGCUGUAACAGGAGCGAGCAUCUGUCACUGAAACACGAGCACAUCAGUUGAUCUCAGACAAAAGCAGAUUAUUAAUAACCUCAGUCUUAGAUCUAAAUCUGGAAAUUCAGCACCAUUUCAGAACAGAAAAGGAUAUAAUAGUAUAAAUAAAACAACUUUAAUGUUGGCCCUAAAAGCAGAAUGGCUUAUAACACAACAUCAAUUCAACUCAUCAGUGAGUUAUUUUCUCGGUUUACUGCCACUCUUAAUUAAUAAACGACUCUGCUGCCACCAAUGAAGAGAAAAGACGAAGCUUCACUGGUUUCCUGAGGUCAUUACACGAAAUUCAGGUUCAAGGGUCAACGCAAUGAGCUGAAAGCACUAAUCAUUAAACCAUACGGAUGAGUCGAUGUCAAUAGCAGCAGUGAGUUUCGUGAGCAGGUGUAGGACACAGUCAGACUUCAUGAGAGCAUGUGGUUUUGUUUCCAUGGCAGCACCAGACCUAUAAUCAGGUUUGAAACUGUGUCAUAUGUUCAGUGGGUUCUGCCUCGACACUUCAACUGAAUAUUAUCAUUUAGCUUUUUAUAUUCAGUCUGUUAUCUACAACACUGUGUGUUUCAAAACAGGAGAGUAAUAUCAAGGAUGACUGAAUCACUAAAAUCCUCCUUCACUGUGUACAGUAACAGUUCUGAUUACAUUAUCCACCUCCAGGCACAACCACUACAUCUUUGCUCAUAUCUACGUAUCUUUGCUCUUGCGUAAUCCCAGACAGACCUCAAAUACGGACUUUAACAGAACAUAUAUAAUUAGAAUGGCACUAAGUAGAGAACAUACCUAUAUAUUUGGCACUCAUACCCUAAUCCUGCCAAACCCAGAAGUGAGACCUAAACACAGCUGUUCACUUUGAAAAGAAAAUGUCCCUGUUUGUCAGAGAUAUUCAUCAAAAUAACACAUGGGGUGUUUUUGGUUAAGUAUGGUUUCACAUAAAGGUGAUGCAUGAUGGUGACAAUACAGUGCAGCAGAAAGAAAGAAAGAGCAGGUUCAAUUAAAUUAUAUGAUGUAUGACACUCGAUACUGACAGAGAGAAUCAGCUCUGAUUUGAGUGAAAUAAAAAACAAUGUCCGGAUGUGAAACUG